CACCCUGAUAUUGAUUUAAGCUUGUCAAAGAAAGAUGUAGAUGUGACUCUACCAGAGGCCAAAGCUAAAGUUCAACUCUCUGGUGUCGAACUUAAAGAAUCUUCCGCCAAAGUGGAAAUGAUAACUCCACAAGUUGAUGUUCAGACAAGUAUACUGAAGGAUCACCAACAAAAUUUAAAAUGCCAACAUUUAAAUUACCCAAAUUUGGAGCAAGUGCUGCACAGGUCAGUGUUGAAGUACCUAACAUUGACAAAAACAUUAAAAUUGAUAAGGAAAAGCUGGAAAUAUCGAAAGAGGGAGUUACUGUGGAUGUCACACGACCCAGUUCAGACAUUGAAGGCAUAUCUGUGGAUCUGAAAGGUAAAGGAAGUGAAAUUGAAGGAUCAGGAAGCAAGUUUAAACUGCCUAAUUUUGGCAUCUCCAUGCCCAAAGUUAAAGGACCUGAAAUUGAUCUAAGUUUAUCAAACAUAAAUGCGAAUGUUACACUACCAGAGGCCAAAGCUGAAGUCAAACUGCCUGAAGUUGAAUUCAAGGAACAUAAAGAUGCUACCGCAGUACCAGAUGCACCUACAGUUGAGGUUGAGGCCAAGUCAAGGCAACCAAGUUGGACAUUUCCUAAGUUUUCAUUUUCAAGGACAGGUACUAAAGCUCCUGAUGGUGAUAUCGAUUUUGAAACAGCCGAAGUUGAUGUUUCAUUAGAAGUUCCCAAAGAAGAUCCCUGUCCCCCAGAUGUUGAAGUCCAGGUACCUUCAGGGGCUAUCACAAUGGAAGAACUCCCUGCGGUAGAAACUGAAUCAAACUUGAAAAAAAGUAGAUUUUCGCUACCCAGACUAUCUUUCUCAAAGUCAAGCAUUAAAGAACCUGAGGUCAGUGCUGAACUUCCACAGGUGGAUGUUUCUCUUUCAGCGGGAGAAGUGAUAAUCACACAACCUCAACUAGAAAGUAUCACUGAGCUUGAAACUAAAUAUGAUGGACAAGGAAGCAAGAUUAAACUGCCAACUUUUGGUAUCUCCAUGCCCAAAGUUAAAGGACCUGAAAUUGAUCUAAGUUUAUCAAACAUAGAUGCGAAUGUUACACUACCAGAGGCCAAAGCUGAAGUCAAACUGCCUGAAGUUGAAUUCAAGGAACAUAAAGAUGCUACCGCAGUACCAGAUGCACCUACAGUUGAGGUUGAGGCCAAGUCAAGGCAACCAAGUUGGACAUUUCCUAAGUUUUCAUUUUCAAGGACAGGUGCUAAAGCUCCUGAUGGUGAUAUCAAUUUUGAAACAGCCGAAGUUGAUGUUUCAUUAAAAGUUGCCAAAGAAGAUCCCUGUCCACCAGAUGUUGAAGUCCAGGUACCUUCAGGGGCUAUCACAACGGAAGAGCUCCCUGCGGUAGAAACUGAUGUAAACUUGAAAAAAAGUAGAUUUUCGCUACCCAGACUAUCUUUCUCAAAGUCAAGCAUUAAAGAACCUGAGGUCAGUGCUGAAAUUCCACAUGUGGAUGUUUCUCUUUCAGAGGGAGAAGUGAUAGUCACACAACCUCAACUAGAAAAUAUAACCGAGCAUGAAACUGAAUAUGAUGGACAAGGAAGCAAGUUUAAAUUGCCAAAGUUUGGCAUUGCACUACCAAAAGCAAAAGGACCUCAAGAAGAGUUAAAUGCACCACAGAACGAUGUAGAGAUUAAACUACCAGAAGUUAAAGUUCAGGUCAAACUUCCUAAAAUUGAAGUUAAGUCUGCAUCUAGUGUCGACAUGAAAGCAUCUGAGACUGAAGCCAAGGCUAAAGACAUUGGAGGAUCACCAUUAACAUUGAAAGGUCCAAGUGUAGAGUUCAAGACAGAUGUUGAGACACCAACGACAGAAACUGAAAGUCAGGGCUCUCCUAGUAAAUUCAAACUACCAUCAUUUAAAAUGCCAAGGCUGAGCUUCUCAAAGCCCAAACCUGAAGACCAAUCUUCACCCGUCGAAGCUGAAUGUCUAGAAGAACAGCUGGAAAUUAAAAUCGAGCCGAAAGAAGAGAACAAGUCCCCCAAAAUGACUUUGACAUCAAUUGGUGAAAUGUUCCAGAAUUUUGAUGUGGAAUUUCAGGUUCCGAAAACAGACACCAUGGAAGGAAAUCUUGAAAACGCAAAGGAAGUCCACAAAGCAGAUGGACUCAGUGGAAAGUUAGAGGAAAAAGAAAAGGAAACACAUAUCAAGCAAGAUGCUACCAGAAGUCCUGAGAGGACAGGUUGGUUUAAAUUUCCUAGGUUUGGACUGUCCUCCCCAUCAGAACCUGCAAAGAGUCCUGAAAAAGACAAGAAGGAAAAGAGCCCUGAAGGGGAAACAGUGGAUGACACAAUAAGCCCUACCUGUUCUGUCCAGUCAUCAGAUGCUUUUGCUGAUAUUAGCUCUGCAAUGACAAGUGAGCAUGUCGGUCUGUCCUUAUCUUCUCCAACCAAAGUAACUGUCAAAUACUCUGAUCCCAACACUGCUACAGGACUCGGAGAGGUGCACCGUAAUAUCAUCACUUCCACCACAAGGACUGAGCUGUUCUCCGUAGAGCCCAACUUGCCUGAGAAAAUUACCAUUCUGUCAUCUGGAGUUUCUUCAUCAUCUGAAGACACACUCAGACUGGAAUCUGGAAAAAUACAUGUCAUUACAUCAAACAUAGAAGCAACCCCAGAAGCACAGCAUGCCAAGCUUCUGACUACUGUCCAAGUGCAGUCAGUCGGAGGCCUUCCUCUUAGAUCAGAGGGCAAAGAAGCUGCAUCGUGGACUGUUGAAGAUUCACAAGGCGGCAAGAAAACAGUCUUUGAGAGACAUUUAGUAACAGAGACAUCAAGUGAAAGAAGUGAAAGCAAAGAAACAAUUGUUAUAACUAAACAAAUCACGCGCAUGUUAGACUCCGCUGAGCACAUCUCAGGCGAGACAGCUUCUUCCAUUCAACGACUUAGAGAGACUGUGCACUCGGAGAAAAUGAGGUUCUUUGAUGAAGCUGAAAAAUGAAAUAGCUUGAUGUAAAUUAUGACUUAAGAUAUUAUCCCCAAAUGUCCAGGCUCAUUGGCCAGAUGGUUCUCAAUUUCACCGUCCAUCGUGGGACAUGGGAAACAGGUUUAAUCUACCAAUUACAGCAGAUAAAUUGUCAGUGAUCAGGUGUUAAUUUCAAUCUCUGGUUGCAUGUUGUUGACCUGUAAAGAGUUGAAGUAAUGUCAUUCAAACUGACAAAAUGUGAAGUUGUUAAUAAGCUGUGCAACUGAGCGUCCGUCCAGCAAAGUUAUGACUUUCCCAAAUACUCUUGCUUAUAUAUGGCACGAAAGUGAGCCAUGCCUUUUGCUUCUGAACAUGUAUCAUAUCUUUGUCAUUACAAAGUUUUUAAUGAACAGCACUGAUCAUCUUACCGUAUUCAUCAGAUAAUCACCAGUGCAUUUGAUAAAAAAAAAAUAAUAAAAAAAUGCCUGAUUUGAACGAGACUGUUGCAAAAAAACAAUCAAUGUUAAUGACAUUCCAAAAUAUGUUUACAAUAAUUCAAAUGUAAAGUUGACACUAGAUAUCACCUACAAGCCAACUGUGCAGUAUUUGGCAGACAAAGAAAUAUGUAUGUGUAAUUAAGACGUUCUUGUUGCUGUUGCUUAAGUGUAAAGACUAAAUAGUAUUGCAGAGCUGAAAUGAGAUGCUUAUAAUCAAACACAGCCAGUGUACUGCUGCAAUUAUAUUUGUAUUAAUAUUUUGCUUAGAAGCUAAUUUGCUACAGUAAGAAAUAUAUAUGUCAACAGUAUGUUUCUCCUCCCAUAUCACUGUACAAAGUGGAGAUAUUAAACUGUCUGUAAAUAGCUGUUAA